AUGCCGAAACACUACUGCGACUAUUGUGAUGUGUUCUUGACUCACGAUUCUGCUUCUGUCCGGAAAGCUCAUAAUAGCGGGCGGAAUCAUCUUGCCAACGUCAGAGAUUAUUAUGCUUCAUUGGGCCAUGACAAAGCACAGAACAUAAUUGACCAAAUCACGGCUGCGUAUGAAACUAGCGGUGGUCCUCCUCCUGGAGGAUUUGGAUUCGGUCCUCAACAUCUUGGCCCUCCGGCACCAGGCUAUGGUGGUCCACCCAUGGGUUUCGGCGGCCCAGGAUUUGGUGGUCCACCCCCUGGCUUCGGCGGACCACGGCCACCCAUGCCUCCUGGAAUGAUGGGACCGCCAGGUGCGCUACCACCCUUUCCUCCCACCGCUCCCAUGGCCCCAGGUAUGGGCCCGCCCCCUCCAGGAAUGGCCGGACCAGGCGGUUUCCCUCCAGGUAUGCCUCCGUUCGCUCCUUCUAUGGCUGCCCCCCCGGGCGGGAACCGGCCCUCCUUCCCUCCUGGUCCUCCAGGUGGUAACUUUUCUCCUCCCGGCCAGGGUCCCCCUGGUGGUAAUAUGAAUGGUCUCCCUAACAGCUUCCUUCCGCCACAAGGUUCUGAUCAGUCCCAGCCCGGUGGGUCAGGUGGUAUGCAUCCUGACAGGGCGAGAAUGAUGGGAGGAAGAUGA